AUGGCUUCCGAAGAAUUGGUGACUGAGCAAUUUCAAUUUUUCGGUAUAGAUGUGCCCAACGAAGUAAUAAAUAAAUGCGUAAGUUUAUGCGACGAAUACAACAUCGACGCCGAAUCUUUCAUUGAACAAUGGAUGGCCUUCAGUUUAAAUCAUUUAAAUGGUUCAUCACCGAAUUUGGAUAACUUGGAUACAUUUGUGAGAAAGGAAUUUUCCAAGCGGGCGGCGAAUCGUUCCAACGCAACCUCUAAAGAAAACGGACAAGUGGGUACCGGCUCAAGUUUGACGGUUUACGGGGCACCCGCUUCAGUUCAAUCAGACAAUGAAGUUCUAUCCGAUUAUAUGGCCACAACACCGAAGAGAGUUAAAGUUGAAAUUGAAUCUGUAUCCAACCAGACCAAUGACUUGUGCCCGGCUUCUUACUCUCCAUCAGUUGGGUCUAGUAAAUAUGCAUCGAGGACUAACAUAGGUGCUGUAGUCCACUCAUAUGGUGAUGAGAAAUUACUUCAGAACAUUUCAGAGCCAUGUGGCCCCAAUGAUAUUUUAAAUUUGAAAAUUACACAAGUGGCUAAUGACGAUGGUGACACGUAUAACAAAGCCAUGUUUGGCUUUGAACUACUUCAUGAGAAAGCCAGUAUGUUUGAUGGCAACAUACGCUAUGUCUCACAGUGUAUCAUGAAGAAGUCGGGAAUCACAGAUUUGGCAUCUGUAAGGUGUAAGACACAGACUGAAGUAGCAGUGGCAGGUCGCAUAGAAUGUGAUGCUGAUGCCAGACUCAAUCCCAAGAGUGUUGUUCUCCAAGGAACCUGGGAGCAAUCACUCAGCCAAACAGUACCAGUGGAUCUGGACAAUGUGAAGCAGUAUUCUUUAUUUCCUGGCCAGACAGUUGUAAUGAAGGGCGUAAACACGCGUGGUGACAAGUUCGUAGCACACGAGGUUUACUGUGAUGCAUCACCUGCAGUUGCAGAUCAUAAGGCAGAUAUUAUGAAUACCUUACAAGGCAAAAUGUCAAUGGUAAUAGCAACAGGACCAUAUACAACAUCGGAUAACAUGACAUAUGAACCUCUAAAAGACUUGGUAACAUACAUCGCAACACACAGACCACAUGUAGUUAUUAUGACUGGACCAUUCUUAGACAGUGAUCAUACCAAAGUCAAAGAUAAUACUAUGGCAGAAACAUUCAAAUCAUUCUUUGACAAAUUAAUUGAUAGUUUAGGAGAAUUAAAUAAUACAAGCCCAUAUACAAAGAUUUACAUAGUUUCCAGUAAUAAGGAUGCAUUCCAUGUGAACAUUUACCCAACUCCAGCAUAUUCCAGCAGGCGGAAACAUUCAAAUAUUCACUUUGUACCAGAUCCUUGCACACUUAACAUCAAUGGGAUAAUUGUUGGUGUUACAAGUACAGACAUACUCAUGCACAUAAGCCAGGAGGAAAUAUCUCUAGGUAUGGGUGGAGACAAACUAUCGAGGCUAGCUGGACAUAUUCUGAUGCAACAGACGUACUACCCACUCUGGCCACCAGCUCAGGGUCUCUCAGUCGACGGUGCACUAUGGGCUGCGCAUGCGCAACUGUCGUGCUUUCCACAUGUCCUAGUGCUGCCAUCUAACUUCAGAUACUUUGUUAAGGAGGUAAAUGGCUGCGUCGUGGUAAAUCCAGAGCAUUUAACAAAGGGAACAGGUGGAGGUACCUUCGCGCGAUUACUUAUACAAAGUUACAAAGAUGACAAGAAAAUCGCAGCACAAAUUGUACGCAUUUAA